UCUGGACUGACAUGCAGUUCAAGACUCACAGGACUGUAGCAGCACUCCCUGAUACAUACGAACAAAAGAAAAAGACACAAAGAUGAAGGUGUUCCUGGUCCUUGCUAUUGCUGUUUUCACAGGUUGCCAUGCCAACCUUUUCUACGCUGAUGAGCCCAAGCCACAGCUGGAACAGCUGACCGAUGCAUUCUGGGAUUAUGUCGGUCAGGCAACCCGUACAGCUGAGGACACCCUUAAGAUGAUAAGGGAAUCUCAGCUGGGACAGGAAAUGAAUGCUAGAAUCACAGAGGGAACUGACAUGGUCAACCAGUAUGCUGUCACACUUCAAAAGCAGGUGCCACCUAUGGCUCAGGAACUCUUGGACAAAAUCACCAAGGAGGCUGAGUCACUGAGGGAGCGCUUGGAUCAGGAUCUGGCCAGCGUGAAGGGUAAACUGGAGCCUUAUGCCGAGGACCUAAAAACCCAACUCCAGCAGAGGGUGGAGGAGCUCAGGGCUGCUGUGGCCCCCUAUGCUGACUCCCUCGACUCAGAAACCCUGAAGGCCACCCUGCUCCAGAAGAGCGAGGAGCUCAGGGAGAACCUGGAGAAGAGUGUGAAAGACCUGCAGUCCCAGCUCGGUCCCUACACAGAAGAACUCAAGCAGACAGUGGACCAGCGUCUGAAGGACUUCCAGGAGAAGAUGGCUCCCCUGGCUGAGGAUCUCCAGUCACAGCUGACACAGAGGGCUCAGAUGGUACAGCAGAGCUUGGCACCAUAUGCUGAGGAUCUGAGGGAAAAGCUUGACCCCUACGCCCAGGAUCUGAAGGAUCGACUCACCACCCUCUAUGAGUCCUUCACCAAGACCAGCUAAAUAUUUUCAGUUCAGUGCCACUCAACAGACUGCUUUCCUGCUAAAUAACAAUGUGACAAUCUGUCGCAUCAUUCUCACACUCGACCAGACAAUUCCUGAUUUCAGAUUCCUACAGUAAUGCAAAUAGCCAAGAGUAAGAAAUCAACAUUAAGUUUUACCUAAGGGGAUAAAGUCGGUAUGUCUUUCCUAGAAAGUACAUAUGUUGUGCAAAGUGUUAAAAUCAAAAACUUCUCAUCUUUAAAAACAAGCAGAUUUCCAAAAUCUGUAUACAUAGCCAUGUUUAUUGUGCACUGCUAGAUAGGUUGUUUUAACUAAUUAUUAAUUUAUGAAAAAAUAAAAUGUUUAUCCUGCAAAAUUUUGCUGUCAUUAUUGGUCUGAAACAAACAAGUAGUGAUCAAUAGCAAGUGGCAAUGACAGAGCUUAUGUUCUUUUUGAGCUCUUCCUCUUGUAAGAACCUUUACAAUCCCUUGCAAAUUCAGGUCUGUCUUUUGAAAUUAUAUCAAACUUAGAAGGUGGCAUUACAUUUGACGUGGAAAAAAACAGUGAAGAAACAGAAUUGGGAUAGAAUGGGUAGUACACAGAGUUGAACUUAUUUUCAUGAAAUUCAAAAUAAUUUGACCAGUAACCUGCUGAGCGGUGACCAAUUUCAGGGACUGCUGCAUUUUGAGGUAGCACUUGAAGGCAGCAUUUUUAGUAAGACAGGUCUGGUUUCAAAUGUAUCCUCAUAUAUGUAAAUUUCUAUAAGGUGUCUUUAUUUUGGGGCGUGUUUGAAAGCAGAAAUACAUGUCUCCUUGAUAAAAUACUACAUCCAGUGUUUCAUUUUGAUGAGGGGCAAUCUUUUCAAGAAUAAAGAUAAAAAUAACAAAAACGCUGACAGUGGUAUUAGCAUA